AUGCAGCUUGCGCGCAGAGUUCUGAGGUUUCUUGUUCUUGGGGUGGGGAUUUGCCCCUCUGCAAGCGAUGCAGUUGCCGUCAAUCCGCUUCCAGCGCCGCAAAACAUCACCUGGGGAUCAUCCGGUCCGAAACAGGUGGCAGGCUAUCUUGCACUGAAUGGAGCUUACAACCCGAUCGUGAUUGACGCAUGGGCUCGUGCCUGGACCACGAUAUCUACCCUUCAGUGGGUGCCAGCUGCCGUUGAGGCUCCCAUUUCAACGUUUGAGGCUUUUCCAACCGGAACAGUCUCGCGCCGCACCCGAGGAACUUCUUCGUACCUGAGUCUAAUUGACUUGACUGUCGAGAACUCUGAAGCUGAUCUGCAGCAUGGGGUUGACGAAUCGUACUCUUUAGAAAUCACCCAAAACUCUCCUUCAGUUGCCAUCAAAGCUAAUACCAUUUGGGGUGCCCUCCACGCCUUCACCACCUUACAGCAAAUCAUAAUCUCGGACGGCAACGGUGGCCUCUUGGUCGAGCAACCGGUGUCCAUCAAUGAUUAUCCAAACUAUCCACACCGAGGGAUUCUCAUUGAUAGUGGUCGCAACUUCAUCAGUGUGAAGAAAUUCUACGAGCAAAUCGAUGGCCUGGCUCUUUCGAAGCUAAAUGUACUCCACUGGCACAUUGUUGAUUCCCAGUCCUGGCCACUCCAGAUUCAGGCAUACCCUCAGAUGACCCAAGAUGCUUACUCAACGAAAGAAAUAUAUUCUCCAGAUGAUGUUCAGAACCUCAUAGCAUAUGCACGUGCAAGAGGCGUGCGAGUCAUUCCCGAAAUUGACAUGCCUGGACACGCUUCGUCCGGAUGGACCGCCGUUGAUCCGGAGAUUGUCGCCUGUGCUAACGCGUGGUGGUCAAACGACGACUGGGCUCUCCACACGGCUGUUGAACCCAAUCCAGGGCAGCUCGAUAUUCUCAAUAACAAGACCUACGAAGUGGUGGCAAAUGUGUACACUGAGCUAUCCAGGGUGUUCUCGGACAACAUCUUUCACAUUGGGGCGGAUGAAGUGCACUCCAAUUGCUUCAACUUUAGCGCCGCGAUCCGCAAUUGGUUCGCAGCAAAUCAAUCUAGGACAUACAAUGACCUUUUGCAAGUCUGGAUCGAUCGAUCAUUCCCAUUGUUCUCUGCGGUUCCUAAUAGGAGGCUCAUGAUGUGGGAGGAUAUUCUAACUGCGGGUGAUCAUGCAAAUUCGCUACCAAAGGACGUCAUCCUUCAAAGUUGGAACAAUGGACUCGAAAACAUCCAGAACCUGACAGCUCGAGGCUACGAUGUGGUCGUAUCUUCCUCGGAUUUCUUCUAUCUCGACUGCGGGAAUGGCGGUUGGGUCACAAAUGAUCCUCGUUACAAUGUACCGGCAAACCCAAAUGCCACAGGGCCACCUACAUUCAACUAUCUAGGCAUGGGAGGAUCUUGGUGUGCUCCUUACAAGACGUGGCAGCGGAUCUAUGACUACGACUUCACCCUGAAUCUUACCGAUACCCAGAAGAGCCACAUUCUCGGAGCUGAGGCACCUUUGUGGUCUGAACAGGUUGAUGAUACCGUCAUAUCGUCCAAGUUGUGGCCAAGGGCUGCCGCGCUGGCCGAGCUCACCUGGUCUGGAAAUAAGGAUCCCGCAACAGGAUCGAAACGCACGACUCAGAUGACGCAGAGGAUAUUGAAUUUUCGGGAAUAUCUGGUCGCGAACGGAAUCCAAGCUACCGCUUUGGUCCCUAAAUACUGUUUGCAGCAUCCUCACGCAUGUGACCUCUACUACAAUCAAAGUGCUUUGGCCGACUAUUUCGUUGCGUCGUAA